AUGACUGAUAUAACAUAUUUUACAACAAGUCAACCAGUAGCUCGAAUGACUGGAAAUAAUCCAUUUUUCGAACCAACCGUAGAAUGGUCAACUGGAUUGUGCGAUUGCUGUAACGAUGGUAGUGCAAUGAAUGAUUUUUGCGUUGCCACUCAUUGUGGACUCUGCGCUAUUGUUCAAAUGAAAGCCGAACUAAAAAAUCGUGGUUUGGCCUAA